AUGUAUCCCGUGCGUGCGGUGGGUGUGAUGUCUGCGGCCUUCGUGAUUCCGUCCCAUGGUCAAGUGACGACUGACCAUUAUUGCAGGUCAUCUGGUUCAAGAACUGGAAGUCUCUCAAAUGCUGACCUCUCAGUCCUGUCGCACAUUAUCAGCCAGCUCCGCCCGGGAGCUGAUCUGAGUCGGGUGGUGUUGCCUACCUUCAUUCUAGAACCCCGGUCUAUGUUGGAGCGGAUCACCAACUUCAUGGCCCAUCCGGAGACCCUUCUGCCUAUGCCCACCGUCGAUGAUCCCCUCGAACGCUUCGUCUCUGUGGUCAAGUUCUACUUGAGCGGCUGGCACAUCAAGCCUCCAGGUGUGAAGAAACCGCUCAACCCGAUUCUGGGAGAAACCUUCACUGGCUACUGGGAUUAUCCGGAUGGAACCCGCGGAUAUUAUAUCGCUGAACAAACCUCGCACCACCCACCCAAAUCGAGCUAUUUCUUCAUGGCUCCCGAGCACAGUAUCCGGAUAGAUGGGACGCUGAUCCCCCGAAGCAAGUUCUUGGGCAAUUCGGCCGGAAGCUUGAUGGAGGGAAUAGCCGUUUUGCGCUUUUUGAAUCGAGGUUCGAACAAGGAAAAGGGCGAGCGAUACAUCUUGACUCAGCCGAAUAUGUACGCUCGGAAUAUUCUAAUCGGAAAGAUGAAAUAUGAGCUGGGUGACCACAGCUAUGUCAGAUGCCCGGAGAACAAACUAGUUGCCGAUAUCGAGUUCAAGACCAAGGGCUACUUCACCGGCGCUUAUAACCAAAUCGGGGGGACGAUCAAGAACAGCGAGACCGGCCAAGUAUACUAUGAAUUGUCGGGCUACUGGAAUAAGGAGAUGUUCAUUACAGAUGUCCGGACCCAUAAGAAGGAACUUCUGUUCAAUGCAAGCACCGCCACCCAUACCCCUCCUCAGGUGCGGCCCAUCGCACAGCAGGGCGAACGCGAGUCGCAGCGGUUGUGGCAGACUACCGUCAAGGCACUCUUAGAGCGAAACCACGAGGUGGCCACAGAUGAAAAGACGAAGAUCGAAGAUCGCCAACGAGAAGAAGCAGCCAAGCGGGCCAAUGACGGAGUGGAAUGGCAUCCGAAACUCUUCCGUCGGGUUCAGGGAGGCCCUGGUGGCGCCGACGAAGGCGAGGAGGAUCUUGACUGGAUCAUCAACGCACAGAUUGACGCGCACAACCCCGAAUUGGCCACCAAGCAGAUUUUAUCCAUUGCCCCGAUCUUAGAAGGUCAGACCGAGUCCUCUCAAUACCAAAUCCCACCUCACAAAGAGGGGCGUCUCGGAGGGUCAAUGAGAUGA